AUGGCGAAGAAGCUCUUGUUAAAUUCUUGUUUGGUCCUCAGUUUCAUUAUAAAUCUCAUAUUUGAAUUUCGAGUUCAUGCAGUGCCUUACGAUCACACGUUCACACACGAGUGUUUGGCGAAGCCUCUCAAACCUCAAUAUAACGGAGGAAUAGUUACGAAUUCGGAGUUGAACGAAAAAUUGAUGGGAUGGGCAAAAUUCGGAAACGCAAAUAUAGCGCACGGAGAAUCUAACGAUGGCAACAAGUACAUUAUUGCUUCGAAAAGAAAGCAAUCGUUCGAUAGUUUCUCACAAAAUUUUCUUCUCGAGAAAAAUAAGUUAUACACUUUCUCAGUAAUUUUUAAUUUGAUAUAUAUAGCUUGGUUACAAGUAAGCCAUGGGAAAGCUGAUAUAUCAGCAAUUUUCAAGACGAGAAACGGCUAUCGGAAUGCUGGUUUGGUCGUGGCUCGAAAGGGUUGUUGGUCAAUGCUCAAGGGUGGCUUAGUAGUCAACGUUUCCGGUCCGGCGAAACUCUAUUUCGAGGUUUUUAUUUUUCUUCUUAGCGACAAUACAAAAGUUGAUAUUUGGGCAGAUAGCAUCUCACUGCAACCAUUCACUCACCAAGAAUGGAAAUCCCACCAAGAUCACAACAUUCACAAGUUCCGCAAAUCAAGUGUCAAAUUCCAGGCCGUAGAUCAACACAACCAACCCAUACCAAACGCCACCGUUUCACUCAAACAACGCCACCACAACUUCCCUUUCGGCGUCGCCAUUAACAAAAACAUCAUCGGAAACUCCGCAUACCAAAACUGGUUCACAUCCAGAUUCAAAUACACCGUAUUCGAAAACGAACUCAAAUGGUACGCAAACGAAGUCCAAAGAGGAGUGGAAGACUACUCAAUUUCCGACGCCCUCGUCAAAUUCGCGCAGUCGAACGGAGUCUCAAUCCGCGGCCACAACGUGUUCUGGGACAACGAGAGCGACCAGCCUUCGUGGGUGCCGGGACUUUCGUCGAACGACUUGCGUGCAGCCGCGGAGCAGAGGAUAAAAUCCGUGAUGAACAGAUACAAGGGGCAGCUAUUCCACUGGGACGUUGUGAACGAGAAUCUCCAUUGGAGCUUCUUCGAGAGCAAGCUUGGAGCGAACGCCUCCGCCGUAUUCUACGAGAUGGCGAGCGGGAUCGACGGCGGGACGACGCCGUUUCUGAACGAGUACAACACCAUCGAGCAGAGCAGCGGCGGCGAUGCGGCGGCGCCGUCGUUGUAUUUGGCGAAGAUUGAGCAGAUGAGGGAGGAGGGGUAUAAUGGUCAUUUGGGCAUUGGGCUUCAGGGCCAUUUCUCUGAUCCGAAUCUGCCGUAUGUUAGGGCUGCCAUUGAUCAGCUUGCUUCUGCAGAUUUACCCAUUUGGAUUACUGAAUUAGAUGUUAAAUCAGGGCCCAACCAGGCAACAUACUUGGAACAAAUUAUAAGGGAGCUUCACUCGCAUUGGGCAGUUGAUGGAAUAAUAAUUUGGAGCGCGUGGAGCCCACAAGGAUGCUAUAGGAUGUGUUUGACGGACAAUAAUUUCAACAAUUUAGAAACGGGCAAUGUUGUCGACAAGAUUAUACACGAAUGGGCUCAUAUUGCCGAUUUACCGGGAACCACAGACUAUAACGGUGUGUUUGGGGCUUCACUAUUUCACGGGGAGUACGAAGUCAAAAUAAGUCAUCCAAUGGGAGGCGAAUAUUCUAGUUUUCAAAAGAUUAGUGUUUCGCCAAACGAGGGAGUACAAGCUAUGGCGAUUCGGUUCGAGAUCGACGUCUAGAAAUGUUAAUAAUGUGCAAGGAAAUUAUUGAAUAUAUUGUUAGUUAUGUGACAUGUAAUAGUGUUGGGGGUAAUGGAUUCCUAAUUUUUGCAAGUGAUAAAAAAAACGAAUAAUGUUUGUUUAUCUCAUU